CUGAUCCCGCCCCCUUUUUGCAAGACUGAAACUGAUUAUUUCUUCAGCUCGGGAUGAGAGAGAGUCAUUCGUUUGGGAUUGUGGGAGAGGUAGAGAAAUAGAGACACGGAGAAAGAGAUGAAAAAGGAGGAAGAGAGAGAAGUAGAAAAGGACACCUCACGAGGAGCGUAGUUUGAAUCCCUUUCUCGCCUCCCCCUUCCCCUCCGCGAUGUUACAAAGGCUGUGAGCUAUUCGCCUUUUCCCAUUCGCCUGCUGCCACUUCCUUCCUGGACGAUCUCAGGACGAGUCCGGUUACUUUUAAUCCGACCAGCAGCUCAGCCACUUUCUCCUCCUCCACGCAGCACACACGCGCACACGCGCGCACCACACACACACACACACGCACACGCGCGCACACACCCCAGGCAUCUUCUGGCUGCUUAUUGGAUUGACUUUGAAGGUUGUGUGUGUGAUUCAAGGCGGCUGCAUGUUGAACCAGGUGGUGAAUAUUUAAGACUGGAAGAAGCAAAGGGAUUUUUUCUUUUUCCUAUGAAAGGAAAAUAUCUGAAGGACUAGUCUGAUCAGCCAAACAGCUAAUUGUUUACAAUACUCAUUAGAAACAAAGGUACCAUUUGAAUAGAACCUUUCAAAAGAAGAUCUUCUUAUCUUCUCUUCUGGACCACCCUGGGAAGAAUGUAUAAAGAUGUACCACUUCUUUGAUCAAGAGCAUUAUAAGCAGACUUAAGCAGUUUUCUAAGUCCCUCUUGGGUGUACGUGUGUGCUUGCCAUUCACACAUCCCGAAAUGAGAUGGAAUGUGAAGCUGGAACGGAUGCAGGGGACUGUGAACUGAGUGGUGCAAGUGCUGAAGAAGGAGGUUUGUUUUGAGGAAACAGGAAAGAGGAAUAAAAGAGAAGGGAAAAAUACGUAAUUUUAAGGAAGAAGGAGAGAAAAAAAAACGGGGACUAUGGGGAGAAAAAAGAUUCAGAUUACAAGGAUUAUGGAUGAACGUAACAGACAGGUGACUUUUACAAAGAGGAAAUUUGGGUUAAUGAAGAAGGCUUAUGAGCUUAGUGUUCUGUGUGACUGUGAGAUUGCUCUAAUCAUCUUCAACAGCACCAACAAACUGUUCCAGUAUGCCAGCACUGAUAUGGACAAAGUGUUGCUGAAAUAUACGGAGUAUAAUGAGCCACAUGAGAGCCGAACAAAUUCAGAUAUUGUUGAGACAUUAAGAAAGAAAGGACUUAAUGGCUGUGACAGUCCAGACCCUGAUGCAGACGAUUCAGUAGGUCACAGCCCUGAGUCUGAGGACAAGUACAGAAAACUUAAUGAAGAUAUUGAUCUAAUGAUCAGCAGGCAAAGAUUAUGUGCUGUUCCACCACCAAAUUUUGAGAUGCCAGUUUCUAUCCCAGUGUCCAACCACAACAGUUUGGUAUACAGUAAUCCAGUCAGCUCACUGGGAAACCCCAACCUUUUACCAUUGGCUCAUCCUUCUUUGCAAAGGAAUAGCAUGUCUCCUGGUGUGACACAUCGGCCUCCGAGUGCAGGUAACACAGGUGGCCUGAUGGGUGGGGACCUCACAACCGGUGCAGGCACCAGUGCAGGAAAUGGAUAUGGAAACCCCCGCAACUCACCAGGUCUGCUGGUCUCACCUGGCAACUUGAACAAGAAUAUGCAAGCUAAAUCUCCACCUCCAAUGAAUUUGGGAAUGAACAACCGUAAACCAGACCUCCGUGUGCUUAUUCCACCUGGCAGCAAGAGUACCAUGCCAUCAGUGAAUCAAAGGAUAAAUAACUCCCAGUCUGCUCAGUCAUUGGCUACUCCAGUGGUUUCCGUAGCAACUCCUACUCUACCAGGGCAAGGGAUGGGAGGAUACCCAUCAGCCAUCUCAACAACGUAUGGUACCGAAUAUUCUCUGAGUAGUGCAGAUAUAUCAUCUCUCUCUGGUUUUAAUACAGCCAGUGCUCUUCAUCUUGGUUCUGUGACUGGCUGGCAACAGCAACACCUACAUAACAUGCCACCAUCUGCCCUCAGUCAAUUGGGAGCUUGCACUAGCACUCAUUUAUCUCAGAGUACAAAUCUCUCCCUGCCUUCUACUCAAAGCCUCAACAUCAAGUCAGAACCUGUUUCUCCUCCUAGAGAUCGUACCACCACACCAUCGAGAUACCAACAGCACACGCGCCAUGAGGCGGGGAGAUCUCCUGUUGACAGUUUGAGCAGCUGUAGCAGUUCCUACGAUGGAAGUGACCGAGAAGAUCACCGGAACGAAUUCCACUCCCCCAUUGGACUCACCAGACCUUCGCCGGACGAAAGGGAAAGCCCCUCUGUCAAGCGCAUGCGGCUCUCUGAAGGAUGGGCAACAUGAUAACAUUAUGACCUAUUAGUUGGGAUUUUUUUUUCUUGCAGUGUGUGUGUGCUAUACCUUAAUGGGAGGGGGGAGGGGGGAAGGGUCGAUAUGCAUUAUAUGUGCCGUGUGUGAAAAAAAAGUCAGGUACUCUGUUUUGUAAAAGUACUUUUAACUUGCCUCAGUGAUGCAGUAUAAGGAUAAACAGAAAUGCUGAGAUAAGCUUAGCACUUGAGUUGUACAACAGAACACUUGUACAAAAUAGAUUUUAAGGUUAACUUCUUUUCACUGUUGUGCUCCCUUGCAAAAUGUAUGUUACAAUAGAUAGUGUCAUGUUGCAGGUUCAACGUUAUUUACAUGUAAAUAGACAAAAUGAAAACAUUUGCCAGAAAUGGCAGAUCUUUACUGAGAGAGAAAGCAGCUGUUAUGCAACAUAUAGAAAAUGUACAGAUGUUUUGACAGAUCCAGCAGUUGGGUGGCCAUGAAUUGAUGCUAGAAAGAGAGAUUGAGUCACCUAACGUACUGAAAAUGCUCACAAACAUUCAGGCAUUUUGUUAGAGUAUGGCACUCAGUUAAAAAGGAUCAAACCAUUUCAAGAGGACCAUACUUAUAGAAAUGUUGAGUUCGAGGGCUGACAUAUUUAAUUUCAAAAAUUCUGGGUCUGCAUCACUUAUUAAAUAAAAAAGUAUAAAAAUAUGUACAUUACAUUUUGCUUAUUUUCAUAUUAAAAAGUAAGACAGAGUUUGCAAAGCAUUUGUGGCUUUUGUAGUUUCCUUAAGCCAAACUUUGUUCUUUUUUCCUUGGUAGCUUUGCUAAUCUUUUAAGCAGUCCUGAAGAAACAAGCAAAAAGGACUUUCUGUAUAGAAAGCACUACCCUAAGCCUUGAGGAACUCCAUGCUUUGCUAAUCAAGAUAACUGUUUUCUCUUUGCAGAAGUUUUGUUUUUGAAAUGUGUAUUUCUAAUUAUAUAAAAUAUUAAGAAUCUUUAAAAAAAAAUCUGUGAAAUUAACAUGCUUGUGUAUAGCUUUCUAAUAUAUAUAAUAAUUAUGGUAAUAAUUUUUGUUCUCUUGAUAGUGGGGAAUUAUAUUUGUGCAGUUGCACAUUUAACUAUUUUCUUUCAGUUUUCUUUUAGUGGGUGUACAUUUUACAGAUCAAAGUCAGCUGCCGAAAGACUGAUCUGUAAACAAUUAGACUUUACCCAUAGUAUAACAACUUAAAUCAUUUUAAUACAGCAUUUUACAAUCAGUUGAGUGAACUGCCAUCCAUUGUAUAUACUGAUUAGUUCUUUCAUGCUGUUUUGUGCUUUGUAACAAGUUAAGGGCCCUUCUAUUACGUAAUGUACUGCGUAUCUUGUAGUUCUCCAUGGGUUAAAUGACAAAGUGGCGUAACCUGGCCCUUUCUCAUUAAUGAAGCUGGUAUUCUGCCUGUCUGAAUUGAAUGUGCAGCUCUAACGGCUGUAAGCUAUGUGAGUGCAGGUAAAUAUGUGCCGAAGCAGCAGGGAGAGGCAAAGGGAGGGAUCAGCACAAAAGUUGUAUAGAUUCCUCCCCUCUCUCACAGACAAAACUCUUAAAGAGAUUAUCAGUUAAAGGGUGGCUCAAAAUCAGUUGAUUUUACACGGGCAAUAUUGGCCAACUGGUCCUUGGUUCUCAUGGACCUCUGCAGUCAUAUCAUCUCACAGGGGUACGUUGUUGAGCAACACUCCCUGUGUGUUUACACCGGAGCAGGACUUGCUUCAGCAUACAGCGUCCACAUUUUCUCCAGCCUGAUAUUUGAUAUUGUUCCUUUGACUAAGAUAGCUUGACCAGAGGGAAUGUGUCAUUUUCUUUAAGUCCCUCUUUGUCCCUCUCGUCUAUUAGAAAAAAAUGGUAUAUUCAAGUGUUUCAGUUUAAUCUUUCUGUUGGAGGGGAAAAGUGUUUAAGCAAAAUGUUAGUGCCAUAGUAAAAGAGUAAUAUUUCUCCUUUUUUCUAGAGUCCUUCUAGGUCUCAACUACAUUCAUUGACAUUAUGAUGAAAAAUACAGCUGCAACAGCGAAACAUCAACACAAAGUACUUUGAAGUGAAAUCCACACUCUUUUUCCACCGAUACAUGCAGUUGCUGUGCACUGCUCAAUGAUGGAGUGUACCUCUCUGUAGUAGAGAAUGAUGAUCACACCACAGUGUGCAUUAGGACAUAGGCUCUUCACUUAACAUGACUUUACAGAAGCCUGCCUUACAGGCACUUUCAGCCGUGCAGGGGCUAGUACAUAAUCUAGAAACUCUUUAAGCAGAAUACUGUGCUACUAAUGCAUCCAUCUUACUCGUGUAGCAAACUGCAGGGUAAACAAAGAUACGCAUAUUUUAAAAAGCCCAAAAAUAAAUUUAAAAACUCAAAACAAAACAAAAAAAGGUAAAAUGGGGCCCAUAAUUAAUUUUAAAACGUAAAAACCACUUUCUUCACCCUCAGAUUAACCUGUACGCAUAUUCUCUUUUGAGAAUUUUAAACUUUAGUGUGUCAAAAAUAUGCAAAUGUAUCACAAAUAUACCUUGUCAUUUCAAGAAAAAAUACAAUUUUAUUGGUAUAGUAGUAGAAACUUCUCAGUGGGGAAGGGGAUUUGGUCUAUUGAUAUAUUAAGAAUAGCCAUAUUAAUAGUUUACUUUGCGAUUUGCCUCAGCAACAUAUGAAAAAAUGAAAGUUAUCAUUUAAUGAAGAUGCAGUGUAUAAUAUUACUGCAAGCAGAAAGUAGCAUGAAAAGUAUUGCCUGGGCAAUUUAUAUUAACUCUGACAGUGAUUUUUUUGUAUAAACACAAACAGAACUGAAUCACAUGAAAAUAAAUGCCAGUCAGCCCUCUUGUUCCUGCUGCAGAAGGCAACUAACUUAUACUGGCAAAAUUUUGGGGGAUAAUGCAUAUUUGCAAACUGAUCUAAUGAUAAGAAGCACAACUUUGAUUGUGAAGUCACUUUCUGUAAACUAUAACUGUCUACCUUUCUUGUUCCUUUAUCUGUAUCUUACCAUUUAUUGUAUUUGCAAAAGCUAAUUUGGGUUUAUUGUGUGAUUCCUUUGUAUUUAAGGAGCUUGGGGCAGAGCCCUGAAAGAGUAUUAACAUUUACUUUACCUUAACCCAUGCUAUAUGAUGUUUUAGGCAACAUUCUUAAUUGUAAGUUCAAACACCUGAAGUGGCAUUCUAGACACCUGCAAGUAUUGUUAUAGCUAAGCUAAUCUCUAUUAAAAGGUGUUGUCAGUUAGUGUUUAAUUGCUGGUGACAAUUAUAUGAUAUACUCUAUCUGCACAACAUAUAUAUUGUAUGCAUUGAGCCAUUCACAGUAAAGCUUUGUUCAUUUCAGUGUCUCUCAAAAAUUGUGUUUUAUAACAAAAUGGCUUCUAUUUUUCCCAGAAGAGGAAUUUAGGAAUUUUUAAUGAUUAGUGUAAAAAUUAGCUGUUGUCCUCAAAUCUUUUUCAGGUAAAGUUAGUAUAAGAAUAGAACUCAUAAGCUGUUUUCAAGGACAUCAACCCUUUUGUAUUGUAUUUGCAAUCCUAUAUACCCACUUUUAUCUGUAGUCUAACAGCUGUUUGUUUUCCUUCUUCCUUCACCUUGAAGGUAAAUGCUUUGUAAUUUUUUAAAAGCCACUUGAAACCUCAAUAAAGGCUGUUGCCUAAACAUGGCAUACUUCAUCUGUUCCUGUUUGUGCCAUCUGCUGUGAAGUCAUCAGUUAUAUGGCAUUCAUUUCCUGCCACUACAGGUCUCUUGAAGGACUGAUGGAACACUGGUGUCUGUUAGAGCGCUUCAGACUGUAGAUGUAAUAAAAGGCUUUUGUUAAUAUAUUUUAACCAAAGAUGUGGAGCAAUCCAAGCUUUGAGCCACAGACUUUCUGCAUCAAAAGUAUCCAUUUGGUUAUUUUCAUAGUCACAUGUUACAUUUCUACCUUCCCUUCUCAUACCUCAGACUGAUCCAUACCUCUAUUUGAUUCAAAAAAAAAAAAAGGUCAUUUAAGAAAAUAAUUUUUAAAAAAAUUUAAAAUAAAAAAUGCAGUACUAAAGUCUUUUGUGUAAUUAAUAUCAGACCUGGGUUACCACAGCAUUACACUUGGAUUGCUUCAGAUGGUUUGUUGUAUCCUUUUUUUCUUUUUUUCUUCUCUUUCAUGGGGAUUUGCUUCCAUAAAAUAAUGGUGAUAAUAAAAUAGCUUGUAAAUGGGAGCAUACAAGCAUUUGCAACAAAUAUUAAAGUAGAGACUCACAGCGGCAUAAGCUGGACUUUGUCGCCACUAGAUGACAAGAUGUUAUAACUAAGUUAAACCACAUCUGUGUAUCUCAAGGGACUUAAUUCAGCUGUCUGUAGUGAACAAAAAUGGGAAAAUUUCAAAAGAUUCUCCUGCUGGAAAUAAGGUAUAAUUGUAUUUUGCAGACAAAUCAGUAAAGUUACUGGCUUUCUUAGUGA